AUGAAGCCUGCUUUCUCGAUUCUCUGCCUGCUAAUUUCUGUGUCUGUUUUUGUAGCUCCAACAUCAUCGUCUUCAAGCCCAAUUUCUGACAACAACAGAUCUACAACAUGUCCUUUCGAUCUAAGCUAUGUUCAGAAAGUCCCAUGGCCUUCCUCUGAUUGCCAAAACUUUCACCCAAUACCGUCAAACAAUUCAGGCAAUUCCACCACAAGCAAAACCCAGUGCUGCCAGACCCUCCUCAGCCUCUACGGCAUAGCACUGGCCCAACAUCUCAAACAGAGCUCUCUUUUCCAACUACCCAAUUUAGCCACCUCCAUUUCUUGUCUCUCUGAUUACCAAUCCAAGCUCAACUCUCUCUCUCUACCCUCUAACCUCACCUCCCUCUGCUUUGAUCCUUUCCAAUUUGUCAUCACACCCAACAUCUGUGCCUCAAUUCAAACCACCCAAGAUUGGCUAUCCAAGCUAGGUCCCUCAACACCACUGGACAAGGGUUGUAGCCCAGACCUCACUGAUCUCACCUCCUGUGAUGCCUGUGUAGCCGCCGGUUUUCGGGUUCAAGCCGAUUUGAUUGCAAUUGAUGGUAAUAAAUCUCAUUCCACUGAUUGUUUUUACUUCGCAAUUUUGUAUGCUGCUGGAAUUAUCAAUGAGUCUGGGCCAGAAAGUCCUGGUGCAAUUUCGUGUAUUUUUGGUCUUUCACUUCGUUCUAGCCCGAGUUCUCCACGUACUAGUGUAGCACUAGUAUUUGGACUUACUGGUACAGCUUGUGCGGUACUGGUCAUGUCUUGUUUGUUUGGUUUGUACUAUCUGUGGAAGAGGAACAAGAAGGAGAGGAGGGAGAUUGAUUUGGGUGAAGAGGAGCUUGAAUCUAGGCCACGAAUGAGGCCUAAUACGGGUUCAAUUUGGUUCAAAAUUCAUGAGCUUGAGAAGGCAACUGAUAAUUUUUCAUCCAAGAAUUUUAUUGGGAGAGGUGGGUUCGGGGUUGUCUAUAAGGGGGCUUUGGCAGAUGGGACUACAGUUGCGGUUAAGAAAAUCAUAGAAUCAGAUAUCCAAGGGAACGCGGAGUUUUGCAAUGAAGUUGAGAUCAUUAGCAAUUUGAAGCAUCGAAAUCUUGUGCCACUUAGAGGAUGUUGUGUGACCGAUGAAGAUGAAAAUGAUAAACAUGAGGUGAGCGAGAGAUACCUUGUUUACGACUAUAUGCCUAAUGGGAAUCUUGAGGACCAUUUGUUUCCUUUGGAAAAUCAUAGUGGAAUCAGAAAGCAACCAUUAACAUGGCCUCAAAGGAAGAGUACAAUUUUGGAUGUAGCAAAGGGUCUAGUUUAUCUUCACUAUGGAGUGAAGCCUGCUAUAUAUCAUAGAGAUAUUAAGGCCACAAAUAUAUUGUUAGAUUCUGAAAUGAGGGCGAGAGUCGCAGAUUUUGGGUUGGCAAAAGAAAGCAGAGAAGGGCAGUCUCAUCUCACUACUAGAGUGGCGGGAACACAUGGAUACUUAGCACCCGAAUAUGCACUUUAUGGGCAAUUGACAGAGAAGAGUGAUGUGUAUAGCUUUGGGGUAGUUGUAUUGGAGAUUAUGUGUGGAAGAAAAGCUCUGGAUUUAUCUUCUUCAGAAUCACCUCACACACUUCUAAUCACGGAUUGGGCGUGGUCGCUCGUGAAAGCUGGGAAGAUAGAAAAGGCUUUGGAUGCUUCUUUGUUGAGAGAUGGAGAUUCAACAAAUACAAAUCCUAUGGGGAUAAUGGAAAGAUUUGUACUUGUUGGGAUUUUGUGUGCCCAUAUAAUGGUGGCUUUAAGGCCUACCAUUUUGGAGGCGCUUAAAAUGUUGGAAGGAGACGUAGAUGUUCCUGCAAUUCGGGAUAGACCAACACCACUUGGUCAUCCUUCUUUUCAAGGCGGGGAUGGCAAUCCUUUUAGCAUAUCACCAGCAUUGAGUGCGCUGCAGUUACAUGCUGGAGACAUGCUCAGGUAA